AUGGCGUUGACGAUCGUGGACCAAGAUGACCGCCUUUUGGCGGGAACCGCUGAGGCGCGUAAUUGUCAAAAGAUACACUCUUUGUUCCUUGUCCUCGAGCCAGCAUCGUCUACCAAAAUCAUUACAGGGAACGUGGUAUACAACCUCAGUCUCACAGACCUGACGGAACAACGCCGUCUGGUAUGGUACUCGCCAGAAAACGACAUCAAAAUGUGCGUCAUGAAGGGCAAAGAUGAGGAGAGCUGUCAGAACUACAUCCGCGUCCUUGUGUCACUGGGUCCUGGCCGUUUGUUAGUCUGCGGCACCAACAGCUUCAAGCCCUUCUGCCGGGAGUACGGAGUGCAGCGGGAAUCCUACCACAUGGAACGGGAGAAGUCAGGCCAAGCUGUCUGCCCAUACGACCCGGAGCAUAACUCCACAGCUGUAUACGCUGAUGGAGAGUUAUAUUCGGGGACCGUAGCAGACUUCAGUGGGAUGGAGCCUAUAAUUUAUAGAGAACCUCUACAGACAGAGCCCUACGACUCGAUGACGCUUAAUGCUCCCGACUUCGUCAAUUCUCUGGUACACGGCAACUUCGUUUAUUUCUUCUUCAGGGAAACAGCAGUGGAAUACAUUAACUGCGGCAAGUCGGUGUUUUCACGAGUUGCGAGGGUAUGCCGUGAUGAUAGAGGAGGUCCGCAUCGUUUCAAACAACGAUGGACCUCAUUCCUGAAGUCCCGACUGAACUGUUCCGUCGCGGGAGACUUCCCUUUCUACUUCAAUGAAAUACAAUCGACGACGGAACUUAUAGAGGGAGUAUAUGGAGGUCUCAGCGCACAACUUAUAUACGGCACAUUCACCACACCACCGAACAGCAUCUCUGGCAGUGCCGUAUGCGCGUUUAGUAUGCAAGACAUAGCUGAUACCUUCGAGGGCACCUUCAAAGAACAGAGUGCUAUCAACUCAAACUGGUUACCAGUUAACAGUGCUAAGGUAUGUUUUUAUUUAAUAAUUGAAGUUGUUUUUAAUUAUAUGUUCUUAAUAAAAAAUGCUUAAAAAUCCAGCAGUCCCAGAUAUUCCGAGAUGGACUCAAACCUACGACUGUCCGGGCUCUAACCACUAAAUUACCCGAGGCCCAACAGGACAGAGGGAUUUUUCUAGCAUUGUUAAUUUCCGCUAAUAGUGAACUUAAUUGAGUGUGAGCUCAUCUUUAUACUGCAAUAAGUUUAAAGCAAUAACUUUAUCUAAAUAUAUAUAACUCAAAGGUGACUGACUGAUAUAGUGAUCUAUCAACAUACAGCCCAAACCACUGGACGAAUUGGGCUGAAAUUUGGCAUUCGGAUAGAUGUUAUACGAGGGUCAAACUGAAAGUUCUUAGAACUGGCCACUUAUAAACAAUAUAAUAAAAAAAUAAUUCUAAAAUUUGAAAAUAUAACUCUUUGCCAAUAUUACUGAGUAUAUAUUUCAUUCAUUUGUCAUUUGUUUUACGAUUUGGCGGCAAAUUGAAAAUUGUCUGUGUCACGUCAUCAUGAAUUUAACACGAGAAAAUUUUCGUGCAAUGAUUUUUUAUGACUUUCGAUGUCAUUUAAGUCAACAAGAAAGUUAUGAUAGACUACGAUUGGCCUUUUACGAUGAAGCCCCAUCUCGUGCGACUGUUUACAACUGGUUUAAUGAGUUUAAACGUGGUCGCACUAAUCUCACUGAUGAUUUACGUGAGGGACGGCCUUCUACGGCGACGACUGAAGAUAACAUCUGUGUUGUGCGGCGUAUGAUAGAGACUGACAAAAGAGUGACCUAUCAACAGAUUCGGACAAGCUUAGGCAUCGGUAUGAGUCAAGUGCACAAAAUCCUCCACGAACAUUUAGCGGUCAGGAAGCUUUGCGCCCGGUGGAUACCUCAUAAUUUGACUGAGGCUCAAAAACUCCAUCGUGUGGAUUGGUGUCGUAAAAUGAUUGAAAGAUUUAACGGAGGUGACUCAAAUGCUGUGUUCGACAUACUAACAGGUGACGAAAGCUGGAUUUACUGUUAUGAUCCUAAAACCAAAAGACAAUCUGCUCAGUGGGUGUUUCCUUUCGAGGAGUUGCCAACUAAAGUGAAGAGAGAUCGAAGUGCGGGAAAAAAAAUGGUGGCCUCGUUCUUUGGAAGGAUAGGUCAUUUUGCAACAAUUGUGUUAGAGGAUCAAAAAACAGUUUCUGCAGAAUGGUACACUACCAAUUGUUUGCCACUUGUCUUGGAAAAAGUUCGAGAGAAACGACCUCGCAGUAGGAUCCUCCUUCACCACGACAACGCCUCGUCGCACACCGCCAAGCGAACGAUCGACUAUUUGGCGACAUCAAACGUUGAAUUACUGGGUCACCCGCCGUAUAGCCCCGACCUCGCGCCUUGUGAUUUUUAUUUAUUUCCAAAAAUUAAAGAAAAACUUAAAGGAAAGCGGUUUAUGAAUGCUGAAGAAGCGGUGGCUGCGUAUCGCGAUGCCAUUGAAGAGACCCCUAAGGACGAGUGGGCAAAGUGCUUUUCCCAGUGGUUCCAUCGCAUGCAGCGGUGUAUUGACGUGAAUGGACAAUAUUUUGAAAAGAUAUAAUAAAACUAAUAACUGGCUAAUGUAAUCAGUUUUUGAUUUUCUAAGAACUUUCAGUUUGACCCUCGUAACGUAGGCAUCUGCUAAGAAAGGAUUUUGAUCAAUUCUAGCCCCAAGGGGAUAAAAUAGGGGAUGAAAGUUUGUAUGAGACUUUGAAAGUUUAUUUCAAGUAUUUUACUGGAUACAAUGAAUAAAUAUUCGUUAGAAAUGCUACUCAAAGUAACUUUACCACGCGGACGAAGUCGCGGGCAAAAGCUUGUGCUGCAAUAAAUUUAAAGCUUUACUUUCCGCUACUAGUGAACUUAAUUGAGAUUUAAAAUUGAUUGUCGCAGGUCCCAGAACCACGUCCAGGCACAUGUCACAACGACUCCCGACAACUGCCAGAUCAAACGCUAAACUUUAUAAAGACUCAUGCAUUGAUGGACGAAUCAGUACCUGCGUUCUUCGGAGAGCCCAUCGUCAUAAGGACUAGUUUCCACUAUCGAUUUACACAAAUCGCCGUAGAUCCGCAAGUGAAGACUCCUGGUGGAAAAGCUUACGACGUCCUAUUUAUUGGAACAGAUAACGGCAAAAUAAUCAAAGCUAUCAACGCUGUAUCAUACGAUUCGAACAAACGGGCAGUGCCAGUAGUUAUAGAAGAGCUCCAAGCUUUCGCUGCUGGCUCUCCAGUGAGAGCACUAAGAGUUGCUAGAGCAGGUAGAGACGCAGCUCGGCUCAUAGCGGUAUCAGACAGAGAGGUUCUAAGCUUGAGGCUGCAUAGGUGUUCUAGUGACAAGAUCAGCUCGUGCUCUGAAUGUGUAGCAUUACAAGACCCAUAUUGUGCUUGGGACAAGCAAGCGGGUCGUUGCCGCGCUUACUCCCACGGCGUCAGUCGAUGGUUGGACGAGAACUCGUUCUAUCAGAGUGUUAGCACCGGUAGUCAUGCUGCCUGCCCGCACAGUAAAGAUGCCGGGGCAGUAGGUGGUCUAAGCUCAGGUUUGUACGAUGACGCCCGUGGAGAGACAAAAGGAGAAGUCAUUAAUAUAGUUCAGGACAAAGACGGUAAAGGAGGCAACAAUAACAAUGAAGUAGAAACUCUAGCGUUAGCGGUAGCGGCGGGCGCUCUCGCCGCCCUCGGCGCUGGCUUCGCCGCCGGCUACAUCUGCGGCCGCCGCUGCAAGAAGGAUGAGGACGAUAAUAUGCCCUAUCCGGACACAGAAUACGAAUAUUUCGAACAGAGGCAGAACAUUAACAGGAUUCAAGCAGAGCCCAAACUACUUCAGCAAGUGGAGGAAGUGACGUACGCUGAGCCAGUGUUGGCUCCGCAACCGAAGCCAGCGUCCCCGCGCGCCACCCUCCGCAAGCAUCCCCCCUACCACCCCCACCACGAGACGCUGUUCCAGUUCCAACCGGACGCGUACAGACGCGACAACUUCGGAACAUUACGCUCCCAUCAGCCUUUCAUCAGCCUCAUUACUCACUCACGCAUUCGCGGCAUGUCAGUUAACGCAGGAAUAUUCGGACCGCAGGGCGAUGGGUACCGGCGUGGGAACGACAACGGCUUCUCGACCACGCGUUCACGCAGCAGCGGAUCGGGGUCGGCGUCGGCGAGCGGCAACGGUUCCUCGUCAUCACCGUCGCCGCCGUCGUCGUCGCCGUCGCCGUCGGGUGAGCGGCCGCCGACGCCGCCGCCGCCUGCGCCCCAGCCCUGCGCCUACAUCUACCGCAACUAG